AUGGAAACUAGUACGAAUCAAAAAACAAAAUACUCUAGCCACAAUCUCAUAGUUUUUUGUGUUUCUUUAAUAUUUUCACCAAUAGUGUUUUUUUGGUAUGUUAUACUCCUUCCAAUAACCUUGCCUUUGACAUUAAUCCUCUAUCACUAUUAUAAAGUUCAAGUAAUUUAUCAAUAUAUUCUUAGAUUAAGCAACAUUUAUAUAAUCUUUAUUAAGAUGCAAAUAGAAUUGUCCAAAAUGGCUUAAAAGAUUAUAUUGUUCCAGCAUAUUAGGCUACUAAAACAAAAGUAACUUUUAUUUCAUUUAAAAAGAUUAAUGAAAUUGUGGAUCUUUUCUUUUCAUUUAUCAAAAAUAAGUAUGAACCACUACUCCAACAUCUUGUUGAUUUCAGAACAUAUUUAUUGAGUUUUGAACUUAUCAAUUCAUUUGUUAAUCAUCUAAAAGCUGGAAAGGCAAUUGUAUAUACAAUAAAUAAUAAUAUUAGACAAGUGAUUUUAAGAACAUUAUAUGUAUUGUUUUAAAUGAAGUCCAAGUUAAAGUCUCAAAUAAUUAACUUGUGGUAAUUUAAUAUUCAUAUAUUUUAAUAGAAAUUUGUAGUUUUAAAUUACAAUACUUAUAUUUUACCCUAAUUGUAAAAGCUAUUACCAAUCUAUAACUAUUUGAGAUCCAAAAGUGGUAUAGAUUAAAUUUAGUAAGUGAUAAUUGAAAGAGUCUUAUAAAUUCCAAUGUAAUUUAAAUCAUUUAUUAUUUUCUAGAAAUAAAAUUUAAAUUAUAGGAUAUGCAAUUUUGAAUGAAUCAGGAAAAACAGUUUAGAAUCUAAAACCAGAAUAAGAAAUUGAUAGAUACAGAAUACAAUUACAUCAAUAUGCAAUUACUCAAUUCUGGAAGAUUAAAAAUUUCAAAGACUAAUAAAUUUUAGAACUUGAGUGUGGAGAUGCUGUUGGUCUAUCAUAUAUUACUGAAGAAUAUAAACCUUAAAGAUGUUUAGGUGUUGAUUCUUCAGAAUUAUAAAUUUAAGAAAAUUUAAAUUAAUACAAUGAUAUACCAAAUUUGAAAUUUGAAAUUAGAAAUCCCAUUGAAAUAGGAGCUCUCUGUGCACCUAAUACAUUUGAUGUUAUAUUAGGUUUAGAGUUAAAAAAAAAGGAAGCAUUCAGAAACCUUGAUUUCAAAAGGUAGUUUAAUUAUUAUAAUUUUUAGUUACAUAAGAAUUGUAAGUGAAUUGCUUAAAGAUGAUGGAUAUUUGAUUAUAGGAGAUUAUGAUACUUAGGAAGAGAUUUAGAAACUAUAAGAGGAAAUCUCAGUUCAUGGAUUAGUAAUUACUGAGAAGAAUGAUUUUACUGUAGGUAUUACUUAGGCAAUGAAAUUGUAAAUUAGGAAUAUUAAAUAAAAAGUUAGAGGAAAUGGAGGAAUAAGUAUAAUUAUUAAAUAAAAAAAAUAGUUGCAAAAUACUUGAGUGAAAAAUUGAAGCCAAAUGAAAAAUUAUUGUAAUAACUUAAGGAUAGAUAAUAAAUUUACAUGGUGUUUAUUCUUAAAAAGGCAACACUUUGAA